UUCUGCUCACACUGAACCCAGCAGGUUCAGCAAGCAUUUCUUUUCCUUACGACCUUCUUUCUACCCAACUCACCCAGUUUAUCUGACCUUUGCUUUCAUGUCUUGCUUUCAUUAAGGGAAGAAAGCACAAGAUCAUCCAUUUUAACAAUCUGCCUCACUCUGUAAUGGCCCGUAAUUUAUACUUUUUGAUUUUCAUGCUUGCCUGCGUUAGCUGCGAAUCGUCCAGUGCUGCAGAGACCAUGUGCACAGAGAUUACAGUAAAUAAAAGCUAUAGCUGUGAAGGUUUAGGACUGAGGAAGAUUCCUGAAAAACUACCUGUCACAACUGAAAUCCUUGACUUCAGCUUCAAUGUGCUCCCUUCCCUCCAGAACUCAACCUUCUCUGAGCUGAAGUCUCUUCUCUACUUGGACUUAACAAGGUGUCAGAUCAACUGGGUGUACGAGGGCGCCUUUCACAGCAACAGGCAGCUAAAGACAAUCAUUCUGACUGGAAACCUGCUCAUGUUUCUGUCUGACACAGCGUUCGCUGGCCCACACUCCUUGAAGCAUCUUGUCUUAACACAGACGGGAAUAACCAGUAUGUCCUUUAUUCCAAUGACAAAUCUGGACAGCUUAGAUACUCUCAUCCUGGGCAGCAACCACAUCUCUUCGCUGCAGCUUCCUCCGAACUUUCCCACUCAAAACCUCAAAUACCUUGACUUUCAAAUGAACAACAUAAAAGUAAUCACAGCAGAAGGUGUCCGCGUUCUGCAGAAGACUAGCAAUAUAACUCUCAUCUUUAAAGGCAAUGACAUCAUAUACAUUGAACCCGGAGCUUUCCAGGCCCAUUUCUAUUGUUUGGACUUUGGCGGCUGCACUGACAUCCCCAGGGUCCUGACGGGGAUACAGAACUCCACAGCCCAGACCCUUUGGCUGGGAACAUUUCAUGGUGUGGAAAAGGAGCCCUAUAUAAGCCCAAAUGUUUUACAAGGCCUCUGUAACAUCUCUGUCAAGGAUCUCUAUCUGCAGCUACGGCACUUCAGAAACCUAAACACCGACACGUUUCAGUGCUUGACCAGGCUCCGAAAGCUGGACCUAACUCAAACCCACAUCAGCGCCUUGCCCCCUGGCAUCAGUGGCAUGAGCUCACUAGAAGAGUUGGUUCUCAACGCGAACUCCUUUGAGCACCUCUGCAACAUCAGCUCUGCCGCUUUCCCCUCCCUCACCCACCUCCACAUCAAGGGGAACUCACAGGUCCUGCAGCUGGGCUCUGGCUGUUUGGACAAACUGGCAAAGCUUCAACAUCUUGAUUUAAGUAAGAGUCGUAUUGAAAGCUUUGACUGCUGUAGCAAAGCAUUGAGCGGUUUGAGCAGUCUUCGUUACCUGAAUCUGAGCCACAACAUAAAGCUCCACCUCCAAGAUGUGCUCAUUAAGGAUGGUGCUAACCUUGAGCUGCUAGACCUAGCUUUCACUUCUCUUCAUACCAACACUUCGCAGGGUCCUUUCCGAAAUUUGCAUCUUUUGCAAGUGUUGAAUCUUUCCUCCUCCCACAUUAAUACUAGCAUUCAGCAUCUCUUUCAAGGCCUGGAAAACCUCAUGCUCUUGGACCUUAGUCAAAAUAACUUUGAGUCAGGGAUUGUGCCAAAUGACAAACUGUUCCAACAGCUAUCCAAUUUAGAGGUGCUAAUUUUAUCAUCCUGCGAACUGACAACAAUAGGCAGCCAAGCAUUUCACAGCCUCAGGAAGUUACGGCAUGUUGAUCUGAGCCACAACAAGCUUACUGCAUUCAGCACAGAUGCAUUUUUAAACCUCAAGAGCAUCUAUCUCAAUUUUGCCCACAACAAGAUCCGCAUUGUACCACAUGACAAGCUAGCAUCCCUAGCUGGCCACUGCGUAAUCAAUUUAAGUUACAACCCUCUGGACUGCACCUGCUCCAAUAUUGGUUUAAUCACCUGGUACAAACAAAACCUGGAUAAAAUUGAAGACCAUGAAGGAACGAGGUGCUCUGAACCCAAAUUGCUAGCUGGGGCUCAGCUGGCCACCAUCUCACUCUCAUGUGGGAUAAACACAGCAGGAAUCAUUGCAGGUGUCCUGGCUAUUUUAUCCUGUGGUGCGAUCUUCAUUUGGGGUGCUCACUAUUUCAAGCGAAAUUACCAGCACAUAUAAGUUUAUGAUGGAGAAAUAGAAAAGAUGUGCAGCAAUUAUAUUAAGAUGAAAGACAACUUACUGUUUUGUUUGUGACCUGUAUUUUCUUAACUUUUGUAAUAGCCUUUCCAUUUGUAUUAUAACUUUUAGAAAAAUAAUGAAAACAUUUUAUUUGAGAACUGGAAAAAUAAACUAUGACCUGAGCCUUGAAAAUGGAUAGUUUCUGUUACAGAGAAAUCCAAGUUCAACUCAAUGUUAGCGCUGGUGUCUCAGCUACUACAGCUAAUGCACCUGUAAAGGGAAGAUCCCAGUGCCAAAAUCAAGCCUUGUUCUCGUUAAAAAACAGAAAACCAAACCACCACUACCACUACUCUCAAAAAAAAAAAAAAGCCAAAUCAACCAAACCCUCACUCUCUGUCAAAUGCCCUUGAAAAACAAAGUUGUUUAAGAGCCGGCAGUAGUGUACCCCACUGUGCUUAAAAAAAAAACCAACAAACCACCACAAAAAACCCAAACAACUUUCUAUGAAAAACUGGUGCAACAUUCAUAGUCACGUAAGACCCACUCCUGCAGGAUUAGCAGAAACAGCCUGUAUCAUCUUUGCUAUUUCUUUCAAGUAUUUUUGAUCCUUAGAAAGUUCCUGGCCAUCGAACCUCUAUCUCUCUUGCCCCAGAGUUGGCCCUGCUCCUAUACU